AAACAAAUGUCAGGUUUUGUGCCACUAUUUAUAACCUAAAACCCUAAAAUUCAAUGUCUCUCUCUUUUUUCGUUCUCUAACCAUCUUGUACGCCUAUUAGAUAAUGGAAGCUGAAACAGUUCAAGAUGGAUCAAGAACAGCAGAUUCUGGGUAUGGGUCUUUACCAGCGAAACCAAAGUUUGCGCCUUUGAAGGCGCAUGAGAUGUCUGAUGGGAGAGUUCAAAUAAGAAAAGUAUCAGUUCCUCCACAUAGGUAUACACCUCUGAAGAAAGCAUGGAUGGAAAUCUACACCCCAAUUUAUGAGCAAAUGAAGGUUGAUAUCCGUAUGAACCUUAAAGCUCGAAAAGUUGAGUUAAAAACUAGACAAGAUACACCUGAUGUCAGUAACCUGCAAAAGUGUGCAGAUUUUGUACAUGCUUUCAUGCUAGGGUUUGAUGUUAUUGAUGCUAUUGCUCUUUUGCGUUUGGAUGAGCUUUAUGUUGAAUCUUUCGAAAUUAAGGAUGUGAAAACUCUUCGAGGUGAGCAUCUGUCUCGUGCUAUUGGGAGAUUGUCUGGUAAAGGUGGUAAAACAAAGUUUGCUAUUGAGAAUGCUACAAAGACAAGAAUUGUCAUUGCUGACACUAAGAUUCACAUACUAGGAUCCUUCCAAAAUAUUAAAGUCGCAAGGGAUUCUCUCUGCAGUCUCAUUUUAGGGUCCCCAGCUGGAAAGGUAUACUCAAAGCUUAGACAAGUUACCUCUAGACUCUCUGAGAGGUUUUAAUUAUUUUCUGUUUGUUUUUAGUUUGAUAUGAUAUCCCCUAUUCUAAGUGAAAGUUUGUGAUUGUAACUUGGCAUGAGUUUUUUUUGUAUCAGAGGCUUCAUUUAUCAACUGCCAAAAUUGAUUCAUUAUAAGAGAUAUAUCAAUAUCAUUAUCUUUUACAUGUAA